GAGGAUCCGGAUCCCGGUUAAACACAUACAGAUUACAAAAAAGGAAGCAAGAAAAUUAUGUCAGACCAAAAAUCAGAAGCCACCACCGAAACCCAAAUCUCCAAACCCAGACCCAGAGUGGUCUGUUGCAUAGGCGAUACACACGGCUACAUCACCAAGCUCCAAAACCUUUGGUCCAACCUCCAAUCCCAAAUCGACCCACAAGAUUUCCAAGCCGCACUCAUCAUCUUCCUCGGCGACUACUGUGACCGUGGACCCCACACCCGCCAAGUCAUCGACUUCCUCAUCUCCUUGCGCUCCUCGUACCCGAACCAGACUCACGUGUUCUUGUCCGGAAACCACGACUUCGCCUUCGCAGCGUUCCUCGGCCUGUUGCCGAAGCCACUUGAUGGGUCCCACUUCUCGGAGGGUUGGAGAGAGUACGAGGAUAACGAGGAGAGAGAAGGUUGGUAUAAAGGUGAUGGGUACGAGGAUAUGCACUUGCAAGGUAGGAGAUGGAGUGGGACUAUUAAGGAAAAGUUUAACGUUGCUAAAGGGAUUGAGUAUAAAGGCUCUAUCUACGAUGCUGGAACCACUUUUGAAUCCUAUGAUGUUCCUCAUGGAUCUUCUGAUUUGGUUAAGGCAGUUCCUGAUGAGCACAAGAAGUUUCUUGCUGAUUUGGUCUGGGUGCACGAAGAGAAUGAUGUCUGUGUGGAAACUGAGAAUGGAAUUAAACACUGUAAGUUGAUUGCUGUGCAUGCUGGUUUAGAGAGAAACAAAAAUGUCGAAGAGCAGCUGAAAUCUUUGAGGGCCCGGGACACCCGGGUUCCCAAGGUAGAGGCUCUUAGCGGGAGGAAAAAUGUAUGGGAUAUCCCAAAGAUAGUAUAUUACAGGAACUGUCUGAGGAUCCAAUAAUUGUGGUAAGUGGUCACCAUGGGAAGCUUCAUGUUGAAGGGCUAAGGCUGAUUAUUGAUGAAGGUGGCGGACUAGAGAAAAAUCCAGUGGCAGCUAUUGUGCUCCCCUCAAAGAAGAUCAUCCGUGAUACCGAUGUUUUGGCAAAAUAAUUUUACAAAUUUGCGAUGAAUUGUCUGUUACGUGCAAAAGAGUUGUUACGUGCAAAAGAAGUGGAGUUUUUGUUACAGAUUUUAACGUUAUGCUUGCUGCAGAAUAUUUGGAUGUUUGCUUAAUUUUAGGAUCAGAAUAAGUUGUUGCAUAAUAUUAGGAUUAAUUGCAUUUGUAUUUGCAUUUUAGUAGGAUAAGGGAAUUUGUUUAUCAAGUGUUUGGGGGGUAACGGCUAGUGGAGCUGGUGUUUUGAGUUUUAUUAGGAUAGUUUGUUCCUAAAAUGCAGGGCUUAUCUUGUAUAAAAGGAGCAGUAGUUUAUUUGAAUAAAAUCAUUAGAUAAGAAUUAUUUAUGCA